AUGCAGCAGCAGCAGCAUUUUCAGCGGCAUUUGCCGCUGCCGCAGCUGGAGUUGCAGCAGGGGUCUGGUGGUGGGCAGCAGUUCGUGUUGCCGAGCGGGCUGCAGCAAGACAGCAUGCAGGGGAGCAGCUCUGGCGGGAGCAGCAGCAGCAGCAGCGUGGCGCCUCUGGUGUGCGCGUUGCCUGGUGGGGCGGGGUGUUCUUCCGCGUCGGAGCGCGCGGCGGCAGCAGCAGCAGCAGCAGCAGCAGCAGGGGGUGGCGGGUGCGGCGGGGGUCCGGGCGUCGCGUCUGGGGCUGCGUUUGUGUCUGGAGAGCAGCGUCUGGGCGUGGGCUGCAGCCCCGGGGCCGCAGCAGCAGCAGCAGCAGGAGCAGGAGCAGCAGCAGGAACUGCUUCGGGCGCCGCAGCAGGAGCGG